AAAAAAAGAAAAAAGUCAAGCGAGGAAAUGAUCGAUUGAAGACUGUAUAUUCGUUACAAGUCAUUUUCUAGUGUGGGCUCGCGCAAUCGCAAGUGCAUUUGUCGUAUAUGUAUAUGUACAUGUUAAAGCGGAGGUGGAAGCGGACGAGAAUAGACGGGACAAACACAGACAGCCGCGCGAGCGAAGGCGGCUGAGAGAGCGAAAGCCACGUUCUAUUCGCAUGAGUGUACAAUGCGUUGGCACGUUCUGCAUUCGAGAGAAGUAUAGUAUUCGUCGUCUGUAGUUCCAUCGAGUAGACUUUUGUGUGUCCAGGACAGCAUGUCAUCUCUGUCCGAUAACAUCCAUGUCCUGGCCAGGCAAGAGGCGUUCAAGGAUUUCUCUUAUUUCGAUGAGGAGACCGUGCCCGCGAAUGUCGGCAAAUUAAUUCCACUGCAAUUUUUAAAACCGACAUCCGCCAUCAUUCUCACCGGAUACAUUCCUGAAAACGCAUCGAGGUUUUCGGUGAAUUUAACAUGCAAGACAUCUGGAAACAUCGCUUUGCAUUUUAAUCCACGACUAGACAGAGGUUAUAUUGUCAGGAACACGAGAUUACGCGGAUCCUGGGAAAAUGAAGAGACUUGUUCACCCGCUGGUUCAAGCGGAUGCAUUUUCCGUCGGAACAGCUACAUGCAUCUUAUGAUUUUUUGUACGAAUGAUGCGUUUCAGAUUGCGAUAAAUGGAGAACACUUCUGUUCCUUUUACUAUAGAUUGCCUCUCGCAGAUAUAACAGCUCUUGAAGUCAACGGCACUAUCGAGGAUAUUAGAACUCGUCAACUUAAUUUAUUUGUAUAUCCAGAUCCUAAUAUUUGUCGGCCAUCCCGAACAUUGAUUCUGACAACCGAAGAACCGCUCGUAGAUUUUCUAGACGUUCCCAUCACUGUGGGUAUCGGUAGUGAAUUUCGUGUCGGUGCUAGUUUACUCAUCGCUGGAAGAUUGAAGUUACUUCCACACUCAUUUUACGUGAAUCUGCAGAGGGGCAAAACCAUUUAUCCUCAUCCCCUUAUACCACUGCAUUUAAACCCACGCUUUUUAUAUGGCAAUAGCGCGCCAUAUGUGGUCAUGAAUUGCUGGAACAAUGGCACGUGGGAUCACGAAGAACGACAUCAAGGUCAUUUAUCUUGGAUGCCCGGCCGAGAUUUCUUGCUCACAUUCGUGUUUGCUUUAAUAGCAUUCGAUGCGAGUACGAAGGAUACACAAUAUGGCUGGAUAAUAAGAUGAUCGGUGAAUUUAAGCAUAGAUUGCAAUCAUCAAUUGUGGAUACUCUACGAAUAUCUGGCGAUGUCGUACUUUAUCAACUCAGUAUGAAUUGAUUGAACCUCAUCAGACUAUAAUACGUAUAUGCAGUAUGUAUAUGCAGUAAUUGAAGAAUGAUUGUAUAUUAGAGCGCGGAGGUUCAUGAGAUUUCAUGUUUCAGCCUUUUCAAUGAUCGCGACAUAUGUGAUGCCGAUGUAUUUUCGAUAUAAUGCUAAGGUUUUCACACACUUUUCUUGGUAUCAUAUUUAUAUAUAUAUUUACAUUUAUAUAUAUUACGAGAGCUAUUUAUUUACGAGAAUAAAUCAAUUUCAAACAAA